AUGAAGUUCUCGCACAGCAUCCAAUUCAAUGCCGUCCCCGACUGGAGCAGCCACUAUAUCGCCUAUAGUAACCUGAAAAAACUCAUCUACCAACUCGAGAAAACCGCACUCCAGCCUGCAGGUGACGCCGAAUCCCGCCCGCUCAUCCACGAUGAAGAACCCGAGGACGUCUUCAGCCGUGCCCUCGGCGUCGAGCUAGAGAAGAUCUCUUCCUUCUACGUGACGAAAGAAAGGGAACUCCUAGACGAGGUAGCCGAGCUCAUGAAGGAUGUCGGCGACUUUCUCCACGACCAACAAGAUGGCCAUCACUACGCCGCCGACAGGCUACACGGUCAUCGAGCGCCCGGUCAUCGCCGUUCGGCCUCCCUCGGAGAUGGCAUGGACGACAGCGAUGACGAGUACGAUGAGGAUGAAACCUCCGGUUUAGCCAAGCGGCGAGGGAGCACCUCCCGUCGCAGGACGUUGGCGAACUUGUUGCAUCAGUCUGUGGACAGCAUAGCGGACUCCUCCGACAGGCCGAGGUCGUUGCGUCGAAGCAGCGUUGCCAUAGACGACUACGCCGAGCAGUCCUUUCUCCACUCGCCCAGCAUCUUCCUCAAGAAACGCAUCACCGACCUCUACGUCCAGCUUUGCGAGCUCAAGGCCUACGUGCAGCUGAACAAGACGGGCUUCAGGAAGGUCCUCAAAAAGUUCGACAAGAUCAUGGACAAGGACCUCAGACCCAAGUACAUGGCGGCCCACGUCGAGCCUGCCUACCCUUUCAGGGAAGACACCCUGCACGCCUUGGAGGAGAAUAUCAACAAGAUGAUCAAAGCCUACACCGAGGUCAUCGCCGAGGGAGACGAAGAAAUGGCAAAGCGGGAUCUCCGGUCUCACCUACGCGAGCACGUCGUUUGGGAGCGCAACACGGUGUGGAGAGACAUGAUUCGCAUGGAACGCCGCUCCGAGGCCGCGACCCUCGGCCGCACCCUGCUCGGCACCGACCCCGGCAUGGGAGCUAGGAUUCUUCAGGGCGACGACGAAGUCCUUGCCUCCACCACGCAAUUCAUGACCCCUCUCGGUCGACUCGUCCUGCCUCGAUGGCUGGCAAACUCUGCAGUGCUGACCUUGGGAGCGUCGAUCGCCAUCUUCUUUGUCCUCCUCUUCGUUCCCAUCAUGGACAGCCCCGAACAACAAAAUUGCCUGGCGCUCUUGGUCUUUGUGAGCAUGCUCUGGGCCACCGAGGCAAUUCCGUUAUUCGUCACCUCACUGGCGAUCCCGUUUCUCUGCGUGAUUCUUAGAGUCAUAAGAUCCGACGACGAGCCCCAUGCGAGAAGGCUUGGGGCCAAAGAGGCGACCACAUACGUAUUCGCGGCCAUGUGGACACCCGUCAUCAUGCUUCUCCUGGGCGGGUUCACCCUCGCAGCGGCGCUCUCCAAGUGCAGCGUCGACAAGCGGUUGGCCACGCUGGUGCUGAGCAAAGCGGGCACGACGCCGCGGACCGUGCUGGUGGCCAACAUGUUCGUGGCCGCCUUCGCGAGCAUGCUCAUCUCCAACGUGGCCGCCCCAGUGCUGUGCUUCUCCAUCAUCGAGCCCAUGCUCCGGACCCUGCCGCCCGACUCGAACAUGGCCAAGGCCGUCAUCAUGGGCAUCGCGCUGGCCUCCAACAUCGGGGGCAUGCUCUCCCCCAUCGCCUCGCCGCAGAACGUGGUGGCCAUGGGCAUCAUGACGCCGGCGCCGACCUGGAUCCAGUGGUUCUUCAUCGCCAUCCCCAUCGGCGUCAUCUCCCUCGUGCUCAUCUGGCUACUCCUCCUCAUCUCCUUCCGGCCCGGCAAGGGCACGACCAUUGCGGCGAUUCGCCCGAUCAAGGAACGGUUCACGGGCGUCCAGUGGUUCGUCACGGCCAUCACCCUCAUCACCAUCGGCCUGUGGUGCGCGAGCCACCAGCUGGAGUCGGUGUUUGGCGACAUGGGCGUCAUCGCCAUCAUCCCCAUCGUCCUCUUCUUCGGCAGCGGCCUCUUGACCAAGGAGGACUUUAACAACUUCCCCUGGACCAUCAUCAUCUUGGCGGCGGGCGGCCUGUCGCUCGGUAAGGCCGUCAACUCGUCCGGCUUGCUGCACACCGUCGCGCGCAUCGUGUCGACCCACGUGGAGGGGAUGAGCCUGUAUGGGGUCCUCGUCGUCUUCUCGACGCUCAUCCUUAUCCUCGCCACGUUCAUCAGCCACACGGUGGCGGCCUUGAUCAUUCUGCCGCUGGUGUAUGAUGUGGGCAGGAACAUGGGAGAGCCGUAUCCGAACCUGCUGGUCAUGGGCGGCGUUCUCAUGUGCAGCGCUGCCAUGGGUCUACCCACCAGUGGUUUCCCCAAUAUGACGGCAAUUAUGAAGGAGGAUCCAACAGGCCGACGAUACCUCCGUGUCAAGGAUUUCAUCAGCACAGGUGUUCUCAGCAGCGUGGUCACGCUCAUUGUAUCGGUGACCAUUGGAUACGGAAUCAUGAGAAAUGGUGGUGGCGGUAAUAGGCCUCAAAAUGAAGUACGGACGCAUCCCGACUCUGAGCUCGUGCGGUCCCUGGUCGCCCGCGAGCUGCUAGGUGCCAUGCUUUCGGCAUUCACAGCCCACCCUAUUAUCGAGCUGAAGCAGCGCGACAAGUCUAAGAUUGAAACAAUCCUAGCUUAUGGCGAUCGCAUCUUGGUCGGUCUCAACACAGGGGCACUCCGCGUCUACCGUCUGAACGAACUCGAUCCUCCUCCCGCCCAUGCCAACGGCUCAUCCGCAACAAGCCCGCCGAAAGGUUCUACCGCUGAACAACCGCCGCCACAGACGACGAAGAAGCCCACGGACCUGCUGCGCGAAGUAGAGAAAUUCUCCCCGAGGGCUAUCGAACAGCUUGCCAUCGUCAAGGAGGCGAACAUACUGGUUUCUUUGUCCAACUACCAUGUCUCCCUCCACGACCGCCAAACAUACCAACUCGUAGAGACAUUGUCCCGGACGAAGAACGCUUCGUGUUUCGCCGUCACCUCCAACAUUGUCAAAGACCCUGCGACCGGCAUCCCCGAGAUCAUCAGCCGCCUCGCCGUCGCGGUUCGCCGACGCCUGUUGAUAUGGAGCUGGCACGAGAGCGAGCUCAGCGAGGAUGUGGCGGAGAUCACCCUGGCCGAGUCGAUACGGACAGUGACCUGGGCGAGUGCGACGAAGAUCGUGUGUGGCAUGAACGCCGGCUAUGUCCUGGUCGACGUCUUGACGCAGGACGUUCAAGACAUCUUCUGUCCCGGGAGCAGCGCGUCUGGGGGGCAAGCGAGCCGGUUCGGACAGGCGAGCAGCGCUGGUAUCGCGUACAUGGGGCUUGGCGGGUACAUGCCGAAGCCGCUGGCUGCUAAGCUUGCCGAUGGCGAGAUGCUGCUGGCCAAGGACAUCAAUACGCUUUUCAUCACAGAGGAGGGCAAGCCCAUCGAAAAGAAGUGGCAGAUCCCAUGGGUGGCGGCGCCGGAUGCCAUUGGGUACUCGUACCCUUACAUACUCGCCCUACAACCACCUUCGAAAGGCUCCUUGGAGGUCAGGAAUCCAGACACGUUAUCAUUACUGCAGACCAUAUCCCUUCCCGGUGCCGCGCAGCUGCAUUUCCCGCCGCCGAACGUCAGCUUAGCCCAUGCCGGGAAGGGGUUCCAUAUAUCGAGCGAGAGAUGCGUCUGGAAAAUGGGUGCCACGGAUUACGAUUCGCAGGUCGAGGAGCUCGUGGCGACCGGAAGGCUUGACGAGGCCAUCAGCCUCUUGAGCAUGCUCGAAGAUGCUUUGCUCAAAAAUAAAACCGAGAGCUUGAGGGAGGUCAAGAUGACCAAGGCCGAGGUGCUCUUCAAGCAGAAAAAGUUCCGAGACUCGAUGUACCUUUUUAACGAGGAGGGAGUUCAUGCUCCUCCAGAACGCGUCUUGAAACUCUACCCCCCCUCCAUUGCCGGAGAACUCUCGGGCUGGGAGCAGACCCAGCAACGGGACUCGGUUGACGAGGAACGGAACGAGGAGGACGGAAGCCCGGCGAAGGCAAAUGGCGAGUCGGCCGAUGCACAUACCAACGCAGAGCUGCCGCCGCCGUCCCCAGCAUCAACAGUGAGAGGCGCGGGAGGUUUUGCGAAAUUAUUCAUGGGUGGCCGGUGGGCCCAUUCAGACACAUCGUCUGUCACACCCAAGAAGCAAGAAGCCGACACCGAAGAGACAGCCAGCGUCAAGGAUAAACAGGCCGAUGGCCAGCAGCAACCGCUCGAAGGGAAGGAUCUUUCCGAUGCGGUGCAUGCCCUGACGGGCUACUUGGUGGGCACGCGGACUCGAUUCCAGCGGGUGCUCGACCCCGCCACGGGGAAGCUGAAGCGAACCGAUUCGAACGGCUCGACGGAAGAGGCGUUAAAGAGCCUGAUGUCGACUCACCAUGACGAAACCGACCAGCAGGUCGAGGACGAGCUCCGGGAGGCAUUCCGGCUGGUCGACACCUCCCUGUUCCGCGCUUACAUGUUCCAACUGCCCCAGUUGGCAGGCUCGCUCUUCCGCAUUCCCAACUUUUGUGACCCGGAUGUCGUCAACGAGAAGCUCCUCGAGCAUAGCCGGUUCACGGAACUCGUCGAUUUCUUCUACGGCAAGAAGCUCCAUUCCCAAGCCCUCGACCUCCUCAGGAGGUUCGGCGCCGCCGAGACGCCGGACGAGUCGGCUCCGACGUUGCAUGGCCCGCAGCGCACGGUGGCGUACCUGCAGAGCCUGCCGCCGUCGGAGAUCGACCUCAUUUUCCAGCAUUCCAAGUGGACGCUCGAGGCGGAUCCGGAUCUGGGGAUGGAGGCCUUCCUGGCGGAUUCGGAGAACGCCGAGACGCUCCCCAGGGACCGCGUCGUGGACUUCCUUGCGGGGAUCAGCGCGGGGCUUGAGGUUCGGUACCUGGAGCAUAUCAUCGGGGAGCUUAACGACGCGACCCCCGAGUUCCAUAACCGUUUGGUGGAGCUGUACAUCAAGGGGCUCAGGGGAGACAAGGGUGACGAAAAAUGGGAAGAUACGAUGGGACGUUUCUUGUCCUUUUUGAGACGGAGCCGGGAGUAUAGCCUGGGGAAGGCUUUUCAACUCCUUCCCAGGGAUGAUCCUGCAUUCUACGAGGCACGGGCCGUAGUCUUGUGCAACAUGGGAUCGCAUAAGCAAGCUCUGGAGAUAUACGUUUUCCACAUGAAGGAUUACGUGAAGGCAGAGGAAAUACACCGGGGCGAUGGCACGAGGCCAUCAUCCCCAGACGGCGUGCGACCGACGUCGUUGGAUGAUGCGGAGGAAGGCGUGCCUUCCAUCUACCACACCCUCCUGUCGCUCUACCUGGCCCCUCCGCCGCCUCACGAGCGGGCGCUGCAGCCCGCCCUCGACCUCUUGUCAAAGCACGGCUCGCGGCUCCCCGCGGCGUCCACGCUCUCCCUGAUCCCGGAUACCCUCCCGGUGGGCCAGCUCGAAUCGUUCCUCCGCGGCCGCAUCCGGUCGGCCAACAGCAUCGUCAACGAGUCGCGGAUCCUGGCCGGCCUGCGCGCGACGGAGUACAUCGCCAGCCAGGCGCUGCUGCUCCUCGGCGACGGCAUCCCCGGCGGCCAGGGCGGGCGCAACAGGCGCGUGGUCAUCACGGAAGAGAGGUUGUGCGGCGUGUGCCACAAGCGGCUGGGCGGCAGCGUUGUGGCAGUGUUGCCGGAUAGCGCGGUCGUGCAUUACGGGUGUCUGAACAGGGCGUCGUCUUCGGCACAUAGGUCGGACGGGGCGAAGGCGGGGAGCUGGAGCCGCCUGCAUACCUGA